UUGUUGAAAUUUUAAUCGCUACCUCUGCAGAAAAUGAUGUUAUUUGAUUGUUUUUAUGUGUCCCUAAGACGCGUUCAUACCAGUAUGCACUUUAUGCGGUGUCUAAGAUAAAGUAAGUAUUAGCACGAUGGGGCGACAUCUAUUAGAAUGCGUUUUUACAAUAUUGUCGAAGGUACAUUCCCUUUUAAAUACUGAGCAGCUCAACAACCUGUCAGAUUCAGAUAUGACAUGAACGCUAGUACUUCAAGAGACGGCUGGACAGUUUGUUUUGUUGUAGUGCAUGCAAUUCCCCCGAAGUCCUUAUCCUGCGUAAUUUUCUACAAAAUACUCGAGUGAUGUCUUCAUGUCCUGCGAUUAAAAGUGAGUUUUUCGACGAUGAUAGCUUGGACGAUGUGGCGGAUCUGAUAAGCCGAGCCGAGGCUAUCAUUGAAGAGAAUCGACAGCGCAUUCAAAACAGGCGAUCCCAGAAUCUGGACAGCAUUCGGGAGCAAGCUAUAGCGAUGCUUCGCGAGCCUUCACCUAGAUUAGACGAGGACAAUAUAGUGGAACACGAAUCUGCUAUUAUUGAACCAGAACAAAGUACAUCAAACCGGACGUUGCCAUCCGAUUUGGAAGAUGAUGUGAUAUUUGUUUCCUGUCAACAAGCUCCUCCAAAUAGAAACGUAGUUAUAGAUUUAAGCACACCAGAUACUGCAUUAGACAAGCAAUCCAAACGCCGCAGAAGAUCCCGCCUCCUGGAAACUAAUGACGCUCCAACCGAAGUUGUUAAUAUUAAUGACACGCCUAGCGAUACCGCCAAAGCAAAUAUUUCAAGACUAGACAUUCCAUUCGCCCAUCAACAGUCCAACCGGAAUGAAUUCCACAUAAACUGCGCAAUAUGUCUUGAUGCAUGCCGAAAACCCACAUCGACGCUGUGCGGUCAUGUUUUUUGCGAGAAAUGUAUUAAAGCAGCAAUAGCUAGUUCUCACAAAUGUCCUUUAUGUAAGCGUAAAUUAUCUAGUAAAGGUAUUCAUCCUUUGUUUUUGUAAGCAAAAGUCAUCUCCACUUUCUAUGUUACUGCAUCGGCUGCUUUCUUAGGUCUAAUCAAUUUGUUUUAGAAUAAAGAUAGUAUUACAAAUAUGAAUAUUUCAUUCCUUCCACGGAGCAAUCUCGAUGAGAGAUUUUAUAUCUUAAAAUAUGAUCAUAAUACUUUUGCAUACAAAAAUAAUUAAUUUCUAGUCGACCCCCAGGUUCACAAAUUAUUGAUUACAGUAAGCCAAGAAUUGUUAUUUGACAACCAGUAAUUCGGAAAGAAUGUUAUAUUCACGAAGCUUGCGCCAUUUUUUAUAUAUAUUUAUUUACCUUAAAUUACUCAGUCUAGACUAGGAGAUACAUCCCUUUGUUUCACUAUUCCAUUAUCAAUUUCGCGAAAAUAAAAAAAAAAUCUGGAAAGAUAAAAAUUUUCCCAACCAAUUCCAGAAAAAUAUUUAA